AUGGGAAAUAAAAAGGAUACUCAAAAGGUCAAGGACACCAAGACCAACUUCAGGUGGUCACAACCAAUGCAGAAUUUAUUACUUGAGAUACUUGCAGAUGAGGCUCUUCAUGGAAACAAGCAAUCCAACACAUUUAAACAUGCAUCAUAUGCUAAAGUAGCUGAAGCAAUUACUGAGAAAUUUAUGACUGAAUGUACUCCAAAGCAUGUGGAACAUCGCUUUAAAACACUUAAAACCAAUUGGAAUACAAUUGCAUUACUUCGUAAUAAGAAAAGUGGGUUUGGAUGGAAUGAUGAUUUGAAAAUGAUCACCUGUGAUAGGACAGUGUAUGAUGAAGAAGUCGAGGAUAUGGCUACAGGAGGUUUUUCCAAGGGAGUAGGUGAUAUAGGUGUAGAAGCAUUGGAUGACUCACCUCCGCUUGUUGAUGCUGAUGUUGAUGACAUAUCCAAAAAGAAGCAAGUUGAUCCCUCACAUGUGGCCUCAAAUGAAACAAGGUCUCACAGGAAACGAAGUCAUGCUACUAUGAUUGAAGAUGCUGUUUACCAAGAUUUGUCCAUACAACUUGGUAAGGUUGCUUCUGCAAUAGAAAAGAUUUCUGAAAAUCAGCUAAAUUUUGGUAGUCUUUAUGAAGAAGUUAUGAAGAUGGAUGGAUUUGAAGAAAAUAUGCUUGCAUCUGCAUUUGACCAUUUGAAUGGGGAUGAAAAACAAGCAAGGUCAUUCAUGUUGAAAAAUGACAAGCUCCGUAGACAAUGGCUGCAGAACUUCUUUGACAACUAUUUAAGCCAAUUUUGA